AUGUCUGGAGAUUUAAAGAAAUCGCCCGCCAAGAAGGAACCCGUGCGCCUAUACUCUAGAGCCGUCUUUCUAGGAUACAAGAGGUCUGUGGUUAACCAGGACCAAAAGUCCAGCUUGCUCAAGUUGGAGGGUGUCAGCACUCGCGAGGAGACCUCCUUUUACUUGGGCAAGAAGGUCGCCUAUGUAUACAAGGGCAAGACCCUCAAGAACGGAAAGCGCGUCAGGGUAAUUUGGGGAAAGAUCCGCAGACCACACGGUAACGCUGGUGUAGUCCGUGCCUCCUUCAGGAAGAAUCUUCCUCCUUCUGCCAUGGGCCGCAAGGUCAGAGUCUUCCUUUACCCAUCUAACAUCUAA